CCCUGUCAACUACGUCUUUCUGAAUUUUCUUCCCUGGGAUCCUUGAGUCAUUUCUUCCUCCGCACCAGUUCAAUUGCUUCUUUUCGCCGUCGCCGACGACUAGCCAUGGCGAACUUAACUUCCUCGUAGCUUGUUUGUUUGAUCUAUGGCUGCCGUAGCUUCAACCUACAGUUUGUAGAGUUGCAAGCUUUUGCGGGCACAGCAAAUUCGGAGUUUCCUAGCUACGGUAGUAAUGGCCGCCGUAACUCCAUUUUAGAAUAGUUCCUGAAGCUAUGUAACCAUAGUCGUCUCCUUGAAGUUAUCUCCUGAAUAUAUCUCCUCGUUUCCUAUAGUUUGGAAUCUAUCUUCAUUCGGUUAUUUCCUAGUUCGUAUAAAUCCAGAGCUACCAGAGGAUAUUUUUAAGUUCUUAAAGCUCCAGAAUCUGGAGUUACCGGAAGAUAUUUCCAAGUUCUUAUAGUUCCAGAGCUACCGGAAGAUGUUUCCGAGUUCUUAUAGCUCCUACCAGAGGAUAUUUCCAAGUACUUAUAGCUCCGAAGCUGUCAUUUAUUACCUUAGCUCGGAUGCUAUCUCUCCGUUUUAUUCCUCGGACGCUAUAUCCCUAUUUGAUAGCUUCCGACACCGCGAAUCCAGAGUCUUCUAUUUCUAUAGCUCGGACGCUAUCUCUCUGUUUUAUACCGCGGAGGCUAUUACAUCCCAGAUUGAUAGCUCGGAUCCGUAGCUUCCGACACCGUCAAUCCAUUGUCGCGUCUGGCGCAGCGGAGCUCCAGAUUCGGCGAAAGCGACGGCGAAAGCGGAGCUUCUGAGACGGAGAUAUUGAAACGGCGAAAUUGGUGCUUAAGCGACGUCGAUAAUGAAGCCUCAGAGCCGGCGAAACCCAAGAUUCAGCGACUGCGAAACCGGUGCUUUCGACACCGGUGCUUUCAAACUUCCGUAGCUUUCGACACCGUCAAUUCCUUGUCGCGUCUGGCGAAGCGGAGCUCCAGAUUCGGCGAGGAUCCUUGCUUCAGCGACGGCGAAAGCGGAGCUUCUGAGAGGACGCCGUAGAAGCUUCAGAGACGGCGAAAUUGGUCGUUCAGCGACGUCGAAUGAAGCUUAAAACACGGCGAAAGCGGAGUCGGCGGAACCCACGCUUCAGCGACGCUGCUAGCGAUUUUGGCGACGCUGCUGGCGAUCUCGGCGACGUUCAGCGAUUUGGCGACCUUGCUGCUGCUGCUGUUGGCGAUCCUGCUACCACUGCUGGCUGCAUCCGCUCCGACAACCCGACGAUCCGCUGCUAAGUUCUCUUACCCUCCUCCGUUGCGUUGCUGUUCUCUGUUAUUGCUGUUAUUGAUGGCCCUAGGCACUGCUGUGUGGUUGGCUGAGAGGUGGAUGGGAGAUUGGAGUAAAUUGGUAAGUGAUGGCGUGGCGGCUCAAGGCGCGUGGCAGUCGCUCGCAUGGUCUAGUCGGGUUAACUUUAAUAUCAUUCAUCCUCAAGCGCGCGUCCCUCUCUCUCCUCUUGAACCUCCUCUUUCUCCUCUCAGUCCCCCUCGCAUGGCUGCCAAGUGCCCUGGGUUCGCCCGUCCCUCACACUCCAAACUCCUUGAAUCCUUGAAGCCUCUCUCAUUGCAGUAGUGCCGUGGGUCUUAGAAGCACAUUCGUUUCCCUCAUUCGUGCUUUAAUUGUUGCUUGUCAGUUGUUGUGGGUGACGCCUCUACUUGACACUAACAUUGUUUUUGAACCUGUGCCUCCCCAAUUUCUCUGCAGGGAACGGUUCCAGCAGCAGCAGGGGCACUCCAGCAACUGCAGCAGCACCUCGGCAGCACCACUUGAGCUGGAUGUGGGAUGACGCACGGCAGAGGUGGUCACAGUGCUGUGACUGCCUCCUGAGUGCCCUGGUGACCACUGCACCCGCUACUGACGGUGCUGCGGAUGGUGCUGCCGAUUCUUCUCCCGACCCUGCUGCCGACCCUGCUGCUUGCGGUGCUGCUGACCCUGUUGCCGAUCCUAUUGCUGGCGGUGCUGCCGAACCUGCUGCCGAACCUGCUGCUGACAGCGCUGCCGUCCCUGCUGCUGACGGUGCUGCUGAACCUGCUGCGAUGCUGCCAAACCUGCGCUGAUGGUACUGCCGAUUCUGCUGCUGACCCUGCUGCUGACGGUGCUGCCAAACUUGCUACCGAUGGUGCUGCCGAACCUGCUGCCGACCCUGCUGCCGAACCUGAUGCUGACGAUGCUGCCUAACCUGUCACUGACGAUGCUGGCCAUCCUGCUGCUGAUGGUGGUGCUGCCGCUGCGGGAGCCUUGUGCUGCUGCUGCUGCUGGCAGUGGUGGUGGCACUGCUGCUGCAUCCGCUCGGACAACCUACUCAAACAAACAGCUAAGUGCUCUUACCUUUCUGAUUUUCUCGUUUUGGUUUUCUAGUGCCGCCGGAUCAGAAGUGAUGGCCCUAGGCACUGCUGCGUGGGGGGCUGAGAGGUGGAUGGGAGGUUGGAGUAAAUUGGUGGCGGCUCGUGGCACUUGGCGGUCGGUCGCUCGCAUGGUCUAGUCGGGUGACUUAGAAAGCAUUCAUUCUCAUGCGCGCGUCCCUCUCUCUCCUCUCUUACCUCCUCUUUCUCCUCUCAGUCCCCCUCGCAUGGCUGCCAAGUGCUGUGGGUUCGCUAGUGCUUCACACUCCUUCCUCCUUGAAUCCUUGAAGCCAUUCCCAGUGCAGUAGUGCCAUGGGUCUUAGCCUCCGUCUUUUUUUUUCUUCAUUUGCUGUUUUCCUGUUUUUGCUUGUGCCUUAUCAACUGCUGUGGGUAACUCCUGUAUUGGACACUCACAGUUGCUUUGAAUCGGUGCGUCUCUUAUUCUCUGCAGAAAAAAAAAACAGCGGCAGCGACACUUCAGCAGCUGCAGAAGCGGCACUUCAGCUGCAGAGACGGCACUUGCAGAGACGGCACUUGCAGAGACGGCACUUGCAGAGACGGCACGGCACUUCAGCUGUAGAGCAGAACUCAGCAGAACUCAGCAGACCACAGGAUGACGCACGGCAGAGGCGGCCAUAGUGAUGUCACUGCCUCGUGAGUGCCCUGCUGACCACUGCUGCUGCGGCUGCGGUGGUGUUGGCAUUGGCGGGGGUGAUCGUGCUGCCACUGCUGGCGGGAGUGGUGUCGCCACUGCUGCAGCCGCUCCAACUACUUGCCCACCCAACCAUCCGCAGCUAAGUGCUCUUACCCUUCUCCGUUUCGCGUUUUGAUUUUGUUAUUGCUGUUAUUGGUGGCCCUAGGCACUGCUGCGUGUGUGGCUGAGAGGUGGAUGGGAGGUUGGAGUAAUUUGGUAAGUGAGGGCGUGGCGGCUCAAGGCGCUUGGCAGUCGCUCGCGUUCCAUUCAUGGUCAGUUUUGCGGGGUGGUUCAAUUUUGCAUUCAUUCAUUCGUUCGUUCGUUCAUCCUCAUGCGCGCGUCCCUAUCUCUCCUCUUCAGCCUCCUCUUUCUCCUCUCAGUCCCCCUCGCAUGGCUGUCAAGUGCCGUGGGUUCGCUAGUGCCUCACACUCCUCCCUUGAAGCCUCGAAAGCUUCUCCACUGCUGUGGUGCCGUGGGCCGCUUUUCUGGUUUUCCUGCAAACUUAGUUUUUCGUGCGGCUUGUAGUCUUUUGUGAGUAAUGCCUCUUUUGGACACUUACAUUUGCUUUUGAGUUCGUGCAGGAAUUUGUUUCAGCGGCAGCACCACUCCAGCUGCAGCAACGACGCCUGUGCUGCAGCAACGCCACUUCAGCACCUGCAGAAAUCGCACCCCUCAGUACUGCAGCAACGGCACUUCAGCACCUGCAGAAAUCGCACCCCUCGGUACUGCAGCAACGGCACCUCGGCACUUCAGCUUGGCA